CGUCUUUUACGGUGUUGUCUGUAAUAUUUAUUAAACCCCUUUCAUUUGACGCUAUCCUGCGUACGGGUCUGUCUCCCUCCUUCCCUGGUUGUGACAUCUACAAACGUCCUACCUGAAUAGUUGCUGCACUUGUCGGUGGUGAGGACAACUGAGCUAGAGAUGACUAGCCAAAAAGUGGAAGACCGUGUGAAGGAAGAUAAGGUUCACCUGAGACGCAGCAUUGGUCUGCUGCCUGCUGUCUCCUUCAUCAUUGGAACCAUGGUGGGCAGCGGAAUCUUCAUCGCACCCAAAGGUGUGCACAUCAAUACUGGCAGUGUGGGACUCUCCCUGGUCGUCUGGGCGCUCUGUGGACUCCUCUCUAUGCUUGGUGCCUUGUCCUACGCUGAGCUGGGAACCAGUUUCAAAAAGUCUGGUGCUCAUUAUACAUAUAUCCUUGAGACACUUGGGCCACUUCCUGCUUUCCUGAGGCUUUGGUCUGAGUUCAUUUUUAUCAGACCUGCAGUGACCGCGUAUAUUGCCCUGGCUUUCGGUCACUACGUCGUAGAGCCGUUUUUCACGCCGUGCCCAGCUCCUCUUCCAUUAGUCAAAGUAACCAGUUUUCUUGCAAUGACAUUUUUGGUGGCAGUGAACUGCUGGAGUGUAUCGCUGGCCUCUCGUACACAAGUCAUCCUCCUGAUAGUUAAGAUCUCUGCUCUGGUUCUGAUCAUCAUCCCAGGAAUUAUGGCCCUGGCCGAAGGUCAAACUGAAAACUUUGAGAAUGCUUUUAAUUCAGAGUCGCUCACAUUGAAAAAGCUGCCUUUAGCCUUCUUCUCAGGACUUUAUGCCUAUUCUGGAUGGUUCGCAUUAAACUUUGUGUCAGAAGAGGUAAUCAAUCCCAAAAGAAACAUUCCACUGGCCAUCAUUCUGUCCAUGGUCACGGUUACUAUAUUAUACGUGCUGGUGAAUGUAGCCUAUUACACUGUGAUGACCGAAGACGAGCUGCUGAGAUCCGACGCCGUCGCAGUAACUUUCACCAGUAAAGCCCUACCCAGGAUGGCAUCACUGGUGCCCUUACUGGUAGCCCUGUCCUGUCUUGGAGCCAUGAAUGGUGGGAUCUUUUCAGUACCUAGAAUGUUAUUGGUGGCUGCCAGAGAGGGACAAUGGCCAGCUCUGUUUUCCAUGAUACAUAUACGCAGAAAGACACCGAUGCCUGCUGUACUUUUGCUGUCCCCUCUAACUGUGGUCAUGGUGGCAAAAGGAGAAAUUUAUCAGUUGAUCAACUUCGCUUCCUUCUCACGCUGGCUCUUCGUUGCCUUGGUUACGCUGGGGCUCGUCAUCCAUCGCUAUCGAUUCCCAGACCAUCCAAAAGCUUUUAAGGUUCCUCUGGCUGUUCCUGUCACCUUCACAGUGGUGUGCUUCUUCAUUGUGGGUCUGUCUCUGUAUUCAGACCCCUGGAACACAGGUUGCAGUUUGGGUGUUACAUUCACUGGGAUCCCAGUGUACUACCUGAUCGUGAAACACUCUUAUGUUCCAACCCGUUGGAGAAAAGCUUUUGAUUACUGCAGUAGACAACUUCAGAUCUUCCUGGAAGUAAUACAGCAAGAAGUUCAGACCUACUGAAAGAACACUAAACACUUUGGCUAGUAGAAAAAACAUCCUGACCUUCAGCUGUGGGAACCUGUAUGUAAUGUUGCAGUAUCAGCUUUGUUGAUUUGUGCUGUAAUUACAAGUAAAUAAAUACUGUUAAACACUAACCAGAGAUCAGUCGUGUCCGUUUAACUGACAGUUAUUAUAGUCAUUUAAUCUGGAUUGUAGUAUAGUGCUACUCAAAAAGACCACUUUCUGUCAAAUCUCUGGACUUUCUACUGAUAAAUAAUGCACUAUCUUUAAUGAUAAAGUAAUAGUGACUUGUAUACUGUGAAGCAAACAAAUAAAUAAAUGAAUAAAUAAAUAAUUAUC